UUGCUCUCUCAUUGGAUCAUGCGAUGCGAUGCGUUGCGAUGCGGUGAUGGUUGGAUGGACGUACGUACGGUGCCAUUUCUAAGAGGGUAAUAAUGGAUUGAGGCGUGGUAUGUAUGUCGACGGCGAGCGAGCGAGCGAGUGUGGAAAUACUGUACGGUACAGUACAAUUCGUAGUGAGGUCGUUGUCGUUGGACCAGUCAGUCAACAGCUACAAAUGCACGCUCGAGCCAUUCCCGUCGCGAUCGGCGGCACCGCCUUACCAUUUUGGGGUGAGGUGCACGCUAAGGGGUUUCUGGCACCUUUUCCUUUUUUGUUUUGUUUUCUUUUGUUUUCUUUUCGUUUAUUCGAACCAUCUAGGACCAGGAAUCGAAGGGAAUCAGGAUUCACGAACCGCGACACGUAAAAGCAGGAACUCCUUUUUCUUUCUGUAUAACCAUCCAUCGAUCGCACGACAUGUCUCGGGAAGGAAGCAGAAGCCAAUUUCGAAUCUGAUGGCGGGGAGAGGUGCACAGAGAUAGGGGCAAGAGAGCACGAAUGUCAGGCAAGAUGGCGAGGUACAGAUCUUUGUCGUUUUGUUUCGAUUCGAUUCAUUUGCCUAUCUAUGCUUAUCUAUCUGUCUAACCAAGCCAAGCCAAACAAUGCAAACAAUGAAUUUGUCUAUCUAUCCAUCUGUACGCGGUUACCUGCGGCGCAAGCCUAGA